UCUCUGAUAGAGUGAGACAUAACUACGAGAGACAAAACUGCCAACACUUGUAGGUGAAGUAAUUGAUGCUGAAAUCUACUGGAAAAAAAGAUGUUCAAAGAACAUAAAAGGAAUGAAAAAAUGCCAGCCCUCAUGAGACAACGAGAGAACAACAGCAGACCAAAGAAAAGGAAAAUAUCUGAAAUUGAGACCCCCAGAAAAAGGCGGAGGGUCUCUGACAUGGCUGGAUCCUCUUCAAGCUGCCAGGAACAGAUGAGGACGAGGAGGAUGGUGGAGAGAAAAAUGAAAGAAGAAGCAGAGGAACGUUCACCGAAGGCCAAGAGGAAGAAAAUGGAACAGGAGCAGGACCAGAGCAAAGAGUCUUGCUGCUCAACAGACGUCAGUGCAGGGAUCAGAAAGAGGAAUCCGAAAAGGAAGAUGGAGGACUUGGAGGAACCACCAACCAGGAGGAGGAUGAAGAUGGUGAUGGAAGAAGAACAAGACGAUUCCCAAAGAGCUGCAUUCCUGCAAAAAUACGUUGAGCUGCAUCUGCUGGGAGACGGAGGCUUCGGGUCUGUCUUUGCUGGCUAUCGGUUAGAGGGUAAAUUACCUGUGGCUAUCAAACACAUACCAAAAGACAAAGUAGUCAUCAAACAUAAGGAUGAGAGCGGCAGCGAGCUGCCCAUGGAGUUGGUCAUCAUGUUAAAACUUGCAAAUGAAACAGUCCCGCAUUCAGCCAUCUUGUCCCUGUUAGACUGGUAUGAUCUGGAUCAGGAGCUGAUUUUGGUCAUGGAGAGGCCCAUGUUCGCAGAGGACCUCUUGCUCUAUCUUAAUGAGCGUGGAAAUUUCAUAGAGGAGAGUGAGGCCAAGGUCAUAAUAAAACAGCUGGUGGAAGCUGCUGUUUACCUUCAGAAUGCAAACAUCUUCCACAGAGACCUAAAAGUGGACAAUGUCCUGAUUGACAGCAGCUCAGAAGACAAACAAAUAUAUCUCAUAGACUUCGGCUUAAGCUGCUUUGAUGACAGGAAACAACAUGAACUACUCUGUGGUACUCCUGGUCACAUCCCACUGGACUGGAUGGUUAACAGUACCUACAGGGCUGGACCUACAACAGUGUGGCAGCUGGGCGUUGUUCUGUUCGAGAUGCUCCACAUGACGCGGUUCAACAUUAACACCUACAUCUCAAACAACUUGACAAUCUGGCAUUGGCUUUCUGACGACUGCAUGGAUUUUCUGUCAAAGUGUCUGAUAGGUGACCCCGAGGACCGUCCCACCUUGGAAGAGCUGCUGUGCCACCCGUGGCUUUCGUAGACUAUACACACAUGCACACGCACACACACACACACACACACACGCAUACACACACACACACACACCAUUGCAACCUUAAAUUUUUUUGUUAGUUUAAUCUAGUUUAGGCUGAGCUGUAGGGCACUAUUAAACUAUAAAGGAUUGGGGUUAGGGUUAAAUGACACAAGUCGGUUAAUUUGGCAGUUCAUUUUCUUCGGGUGCUGCAGUUCCUAACCUACUCAAAACAACAUCCAUUUUAGGUUCAUUAAAGAUUCUAAAAGGGUCAGGUGCAAUGCAGUAUGGGUGGUGGCUGAAGGCGGGGGACCUCGACGGUCUGAUCCUCAGCUAUAGAAGCUGGCUUUACAACGUGGAAUGUCACUUCUCUGGUGGGGAAGGAGCCUGAACUGGUGUUAGGUUGAGAGGUGUAUACAAGCGGCUGAAAUUAGUUUCCUUCGCAGGGUAUCUGGGCUCUCCCUUAGAGAUUGAAGCUCAGUCAUCCAGAAGGGAAUCAGCGUUGAGCUGCUACCUUUCCUUGUUGAGAGGAGCCAGUUGAGGUGACUUGGGCAUUUAGUCAGCAUGUGUCCUGGAUGCCUCCUGGUGAGGUGUUCCAGGUACCUUCCAUUGGGAC